AAUUCAACUAUGUGGAGGAAAGGGGGAAGAGGAGAGGUGUUGUGUAACUCAUGCGGAUUGAAGCAAUUAUCACCAACCAUCAAAGAAUCUGAUUCUCCAGAACCUCAAAUUAUUAAUCCAACAGCGGCGGGAAAAUCUAGUUCAAGUAUUAAUAAUUCAAAUAAUGCAGAAAAAUCAAAAUCUCAGAACUCUGUGAAUGAAUCAACAGCAGCUACAAGGAAAAGCUCCAGAAUUAAACCUCCUAGAAUGAAGGGAUCGUCAGGAAAGAAUUUUGCUACGAAGGGUAAAAAUAGGAGAGUUAUCUUCAAGAAGAAUCCUAUUAAAUCAGCAACAUCUGUGGCAACAGUUGUAACAACAACCAAUAUAUUUCACAAUGGUAUAUACUAUCAAGUAGGUGACAUUGUAUCUCUGGUAGAUGAUGAGGAUGAUGAAGGUGUGUAUUACGCUCAAAUACGAGGUUUCCUUCAGGAUCAAUACUGUGAGAAAAGUGCUGUCAUUACUUGGUUGUUGCCAACAUUAGAGAGUACUCCGGGACGUUUUGAUCCUGCCACUUUUAUCUUAGGGCCUGAAGAAGAUAUACCUAGAAAAAUGGACUAUUUGGACUUUGUCUGUCAUGCUCCUUCAGACUACUACAAAUCACGAGGUACCCCAUUCUCUACUAUACCUCUAAAACCAGAGCUAGCAUUUAUAUGGACAUCUAUAGGACCCCAGAUUAAUACUCUACCAACCACUGAUGAGAUAUUUGGAGUUAAUAUUAAGGAAACUCGUACACAACAGGCAGCCAAAAAAGAGCUUAAAAUGGAAGGUUAAAUUUACUAAAAGACUAUUAUAGUAUGUAUUGAAUAUGAAUCCUGGGUCAUUGUCAUGCAUCUACUUAAGACAAUCUGACAUAAUAUACUCCAAUAAAAAUCAUAAAGCCUCCAAUUUACAUCAUCAAUAGACUUAUUAGCUUCAGUCCUUAUUCUAUAAAUACUGUAUAGUUUAUUUUAAAAAAAUUAAAUUUAUUCUCUUGCUACAUGAUUUAUAACAAAAGGAAAAUUUGUGCCAAACGUCUGUUGAUGAUGCAAGUUACAGGUUACAGGUGAGACACAUUUCAAUUUUGUUAAAUAUUGACUUGUUUCAACUUAAACAAUAAUGUUAAAUGGAAUUCUAGAUCUGAAUUUUUCCUGGAUAUUUUAAAAGAAUUGGUAUUUCGUGUAUGAACAAAAACUGGAAAAUGCUAGCUUCAUAUCAGCUAAAAGAGGCAAAAUGUAAUAAUGGGGUACAACAUUAAGUGUAGAUUUUUGUAAUCAUAUACUGCCCUCUUUAUAUGUGAACAUGAAAUAAGUCUCACUUCAAGCUCUUGUAACUUGUAACCCACCCAUACACCCAUACGCCUCACCUACAGUGUUGAAAGUGUAGAAGCAUAUCCCGAGAACUAAUGCAAGACUAGAAUUGAAUUAAAAAUUAUAUUUAUGAAAUAAUGAUUUUAUUUGUAAUAUAACAUACAAAUGAAAAAUGUUUACAUAAUAUUCUGUAUGUACACAUAGGAAUCAAUUGAAUGUUUUA